AUGAUCACAAUACUUGAAUCAACGGGAUUUUUACCUGCAUUACAAAGUUAUAUUUGUCGAUGGAAUAAUCCAUGUCAUAAUCAGUCGAAAACAGUGGAUGAAUUUAAUGAAAAUUCCUCAACAUUUUUAGUUAAUCAAUCAGAAUUAAUUGAAAGAAUUGAUUUUUUAUGUAAUAAUUUAUCAAUAAAUGAUUUAAAAUUGUUUUUAAUUAAUGUUCAAGAACAACUUGAUGAAAUUUUUUUGAUUGAUACAAUACCCAAUAUGAUUAAUCCUACUAUUGAUGGUUUACAGAUCAUUGAUACAAUGGAAGAACUUCGUACUCGAUGGAAAAUACUUAAUAUUAGCUUUCCAUUUGAUGGAAUUAAUAGCAGUAUUAGUUUAACUUCAUUAUGUGGUGAUCGUAAUGAUCUUUCACGUUAUUUUUAUCCAAAUAAAUCUCUAAAUACUGAAAACAAUCAAACACAAUUAAUUAUUCAACCAACAUAUAAAAUAUUUAAAUCAUUCUGUAAUUUAUCUUCUGAUUCAUUAUUUAUUUGUCAACAAAUAAAAACGUAUCAAACAUCAAUUAAUUUAUUUACUAUUUUAACUGAUUUUAUUGCUUGUUCGGAACGUAAUCGUUUUAUACCAAUGAAUAGUGAAUUAGAUAUUGUACGCGAAGGACAAAAUAAAUCUGUAACAAAUAAUUUUUUAGCUGCGAUUGAAUUUAUGGAUGAUUUAACAAAUAAUGAUAGUUUACCAAAACAUAUUCGAUAUAAAAUAAGAAUCGCACUUGAUUAUACUGAUAAUACAUUUCAAACUCAAGAUCGUGUACAAACAGGGAAAAAUAUACCAUAUGGAAUACAAACUCAACAAAUGCCUUAUCCAUAUUCGAUUAAUGAUAAAUUUGUUAAUUCAAUUAGUCGAAUGUUACUAUUAUUAAUGGUAUUAAAUUGGAUAUUUACAGUAUCAAUGAAUGUUAAAGAUAUUGUUCAUGAAAAAGAAAAACAAUUAAAAGAAAUUAUGAAAAUUAUGGGUUUAAAGGAUUCUGUUCAUUGGUUUACAGAGUUUAUUUUAUGUACAACUGUUAUUAUGUUUACAGCAUUUUUACUUGUAUUACUAUUAAAGUUGAAAAUGAUCGAGGUGAAAUUAGUUAAUGUUGAGAUUGAAAAUUUAUCAAAAUAUUUUGAAAAUAAAAUAGCAUUAAAAAAAUUUAUCUGUGAAAUUUUACCGUAA